AUGGCUCCCCAACCAGAAGAUUACAUGGGCCGCCCGCUCUACGCCUAUGAUCUCCCUCCGCAGCUUCUCGGCUCAAUCACUCUAAAGCUCGAUGUCGAGACAUCCGAAACCGUCCCAACUCUCGAGUCGAAGCGGCCGAGUUCGCCCAGCGCAAACGAGACCGAUUCUACAAACGAUGCAAGCCCUGUCGGAUCGCAGUCGUGUUCAAUGUGCGGUCUCACAUUUAGCAACGUUCUGGACCAGCGCGGGCACCUAAAAUCAGAUCUUCACAAUUACAACCUCAAACAGAAACUGCGCGGCCGAAAACCCGUCUCAGAGACGGAGUUUGAGAAGCUCGUCGAGGACCUUGACGAGUCGCUCUCGGGCUCCGAUUCGGACGACGAUGACGACGAGGAAGAAGAUAGCAACGAUACUACAUUGACUGCGCUGUUGAAGCGGCAAGCCAAAAUCGCCGAUAGGAAUGCUUCAGCAAACGACGACGACGACAACCAAGUCAAGGUGCAAAACCCUGGAAGGACGCCUUUGCUCUGGUUCAGCUCGCCUCUACUUCCCAAAAAUCAUUUCUUUGCGAUAUACCGUGCGCUAUUUACCAAUGAGCAGCAGAAGACUGCUGAUUUCGCCGAAGAGCUUCGCAAAAAGCAGUUGGAUCCUGUCACAAUACCACACCCGGCCAAGGACGGCACAUUAGCCCCGAUCGCCUACAAAGGGCCUCACAUCUUCCUGUGUAUGAUUGGAGGCGGCCACUUUGCUGCCAUGGUGGUAUCCCUCGCGCCGCGCCAAAGCAGGCACAAUGCGCCCAUGAACCGCGAAGCGACGGUGCUGGCGCACAAGACCUUUCACAGGUACACGACGAGACGGAAGCAGGGUGGUUCGCAAUCGGCCAACGACAACGCGAAAGGCGCAGCGCACUCUGCCGGCUCAACUCUCCGACGAUACAACGAGCAAGCGCUAGUAGAAGACGUUCGGGAGCUACUCCACGACUGGAAGGCUUUGUUGGAUACUUCGGAGCUCAUGUUCAUUCGCGCGACAGGCAUCACCAAUAGACGGACGCUAUACGGGCCCUACGAUAACCAAGUUCUACGACAUACCGACCCAAGAAUGCGAGGAUUCCCCUUCAACACACGCCGGCCUACACAAAAGGAACUCAUGCGGUGCUUCAUCGAGCUGACGAGGCUCAAGGUCCGCGAAAUCGACCCUGCAAGCGAAGUCAAGCCCGAGAAGACAACGCCAGUCACCUCCACGCCAUCAACUCCGAAACCCUCCAAACCCAAGCUCACCGAAGCCGAGCAGAGCGCCCUGCUACACACCUCGCAACUUCAGGCCUUCAUCCGACGGUCCAAACUACCCGCGCUCCUCGCAUACGUUGCCAACAACAAGCUGUCCGCCGACUUUGCGUUCCAGCCCGCGGAGGCGCACCACCACACGCCGUACCCGCUGCACCUCGCGGCCUCACAGAACGCCGCGCCUAUGGUGCUCGGCAUUCUGACCCGCGGUAGCGGUGCCAGCCCGCUUCUGCGUAACGCCGAAGGCAAGACGCCGUUCGAGCUGGCGGGUGACCGGGCGACGCGCGACGCGUUUCGCGUUGCUCGCGCCGAGCUCGGUGAGUCUCGGUGGGACUGGGAGGCGGCGGGCGUGCCGGCGGCUAUGAGCCGGGCUGAGGCUGAGCAGCGCAACCGGCGCGAGCAGGACGAGGCAGACGCCAAAGAGGCAGAGCGGCGUCGCGCUGAAGAGGAACGGUUAAAAAAGGAAGGACCCAAGGUUCCGGAGACGAGGCACGCGGGAGGGAAGGCAGGACAGGUGCUGGGCGCACCGCCCAAGACGGCACAGGAGCGGCGCGAGGAGGAGGCCAGAGGGCUGACGCCGGAGAUGCGGCUGCGGCUGGAUCGAGAGCGGAGGGCACGCGCGGCGGAAGAGCGACUGAAGAAGAUGCAGGGCAAGUAA